UCUGGUUCCUUUGUCACAUGAGGUUGUAAAUCUUCCAAGAAGGAGCUAUUUCUAUUUAGCCUGUGAGAGUCCUCAAAAGCCUCAGUACUCACAGGACUUCCACCCCAGCUCUGCCUUCUCAGGCAAUUGCUUCCCAAGGCUGUGCACCUUGUGUUCCCCACACUGCAACCAAGAUGUCAGAUAAAGCCAUCGAGGCCGGAGAAGGGUUUACAGCUGACACCCUCCUUCAGGAGUCCCAGUCAGAUGAUGAGGAGGAGGAAGAACCCUCCCAGCCAUCCUCUGCUGGUUCUACUCCUGGGGUGCCACCACCAGGACCCCCAUCAGGUCCCCCAAUGUGGCCAUGGAAUAAUUCCAAAGAGCAGUCCAAAGACAAAAAAAGCAAUUUCGCCAGCACUGCAGGCAAGGUUGGUCUAGCCGUGCUCGGAGGAGUGGUGGCCGUGGGUGCUGUGCCCGUGGUGCUGGGCGCCAUAGGCUUCACCAGCUCAGGCAUCGCUGCCUCCUCCAUAGCUGCCAAUAUGAUGUCAUCAGCUGCCAUUGCCAAUGGGGGCGGAGUUGCUGCCGGCAGCCUGGUGGCCACUCUGCAGUCAGUAGGGGCAGCUGGACUCUCCUUGUCAUCCAAAAUCCUCCUGGGUGCCACUGGGUCAUCUAUUGGGGCCUGGAUGUGGCGUCCCUUCAAGAAUAAUUCGGAUGAGGAUAAGAAAGAGAAGCGCUGGCAGGUUUGGUUCAGUGGCUAGAGCAUCAGCCUUUGGACUCAAGGGUCCCAGGUUCAAUUCCAGUCAAGAGCAUGUACCUUGACUGGGGC